CAGGACUCUACCACCUCGCUGGGCUGUGCAGAGACCACCCGUCCUCCUUUGCACUCCCCCCCCCGGGAGUCUGCCUCCUCAUUACUCGCGCGGAGGGGCUCCCUCUCUCUCUCUCGUGAGCCUGCCUGGGAUCGGGCUCUGCUGCCCGCCUGGGCCCCUCCCUCGUCGGGCUGGGGCCCGCUGCCAGCCCAGGAUGUUGCAUCACGGCCGGGGCUGCUCCCUCCCAGCUCCGGCGCCUGCUCCGUGCACUAGCCCAGCCUUGUGCCCGGGCGGCGGCGCUUCCUGCUGGGCUCGCCCGAGAGAGGGAGGAAGGAGCUGCCGCCGGCCUCGAACCCGCCACCUGCCGCGCCAUGGACAGCCAGGGCCGCCGCGUGGUGGUCUGUGACAACGGCACCGGGUUUGUUAAAUGUGGCUAUGCCGGCUCCAACUUCCCCGAACACAUCUUCCCAGCCCUGGUGGGACGUCCCAUCAUCCGUUCCACUGCCAAAGUGGGCAACAUCGAGAUCAAGGACCUCAUGGUGGGGGACGAGGCCAGCGAACUGCGCUCCAUGCUGGAGGUGAACUACCCCAUGGAGAAUGGGAUUGUGCGCAACUGGGAUGACAUGAAAUACUUGUGGGACUACACCUUUGGGCCCGAGAAGCUCAACGUUGACCCCCGCAACUGCAAGAUCUUGCUCACAGAGCCCCCCAUGAACCCGAUCAAGAACCGGGAGAAGAUCAUCGAGGUGAUGUUUGAGACCUACCAGUUUGAGGGUGUCUAUAUAGCCAUCCAGGCAGUGCUGACCCUCUACGCUCAAGGCCUCCUCACCGGCGUGGUGGUGGACUCCGGAGACGGCGUCACCCACAUCUGCCCCGUCUACGAGGGCUUCUCCUUGCCUCAUCUCACCCGUCGGCUGGACAUCGCCGGGCGCGACAUCACACGCUACCUCAUUAAGCUCCUGCUACUGCGUGGCUACGCCUUCAACCACUCGGCCGAUUUUGAGACCGUGCGGAUGAUGAAGGAGAAGCUCUGUUACGUGGGCUACAACAUUGAGCAGGAGCAGAAGCUGGCACAGGAGACCACGGUGCUGGUGGAGUCCUACACACUGCCCGAUGGUCGUGUGAUCAAAGUGGGCGGCGAGCGCUUCGAAGCCCCGGAAGCCCUUUUCCAGCCUCAUCUCAUCAACGUGGAGGGCGUCGGCGUGGCAGAGCUCCUGUUCAACACCAUCCAAGCGGCCGACAUCGACACCCGGUCCGAGUUCUACAAACACAUUGUGCUGUCGGGGGGGUCCACCAUGUACCCUGGCCUGCCGUCCCGCUUGGAGCGCGAGAUCAAACAGCUGUACCUGGAACGAGUCUUGAAGGGGGACGUGGAGAAGCUGUCGAAAUUCAAGAUUCGCAUCGAGGACCCGCCCCGACGGAAGCACAUGGUCUUCCUCGGCGGGGCGGUGCUUGCCGACAUCAUGAAAGACAAGGACACCUUCUGGCUGCGGCGGUCGGAGUAUCUGGAGAAGGGCACCCGCAUCUUGGAGAAGCUGGGGGUGACCGUGCGAUAGGCCCCCCCGCCCCGUGCUUUGGUCCAGGCCACCCCCUUCCCCAUUCCAGGCUUUCCAUUUCUUCUUCUGUGCAUCCAUUGCAGUGCCGAAUGUCUGACUUGAGGGGAGUGUAGCCAGAAGGGCAUUGGGACCAGUGCUAGAACUCUUGAAUUUCCAGUUUUGCUUUAAAAAAGAAAGAAAAAAAGCAUUCCCAACCUCUCAUUUUGCUCCCUCGUCCACUUUGCUCACCCUUCUGCCCUUUGCAACCCCAUCGCGUUAAUCGGACAAAAACACAGGUUCUUCCCUCGAAUGGGGGGGGGUUGUCAGGUAGACACUGCCGGUAGCUGGAGUCCCAUAUUAUAUUUUAUUAUUAAUUAUUAUUAUUAUUAUUUCAAUUUCUAGACCGCCCUUCCAAAAAUGGCUCAGGGCAGCUUACACGGAGAAAUAAUAAAUAAAUAAACACUAUAAUAAUUGUAAUUAAUAAUACAAGAAUAUAUUGCGUCCUUUCCCUCUUGGCUUCGCAAAUGACCUUUCGAUCCAUGGGGACGUCAGCAAGAGACUCCAGUUCCCGGAAGUGUUUACCUACAACUGGGGAACCUUUACCUGGAAAGGAUCGUGAAAAACUGUCCCGAUCCUUUCUAGUCGCAGGUAGAAGGUUCUAGUUGCUGGAGUCUCAUUUGCUAAGCAACGGGGGUAGGGGAGGGGGGAUGCCACAUGGGACCCCAGCUGCCAGCAGUGUCUACCUGCCACCAGGAAGGGUUGGGAAAGCUUUCCCCAACCCUUUCUGGCUCCAGGUAGACGCGCCACUGGUAACGGCAGCGCCGUGCCGAAAUCCUCCUGGAGCAAAAGCUUGCGGGCCUUCACCCUGAUCACUAGGGACCAAAGACAACCCUGCAGAAGUGUCAUACUAUAUGCAAAACUUGGCUCUGGGAAAUCCAGUUAUUCCCAUCAGCCUUCUCGUUUAACAAAAACGGAAGCUCCUUUUGGGACCUUGGGGCUGUGUGCAAAACGCUUGACCACACAGUGCAUUGUCAACUCAGGGAUAUUUGGGGCGGGCAGGGAGGGAGAAGCCAGCCUCACCCUCCUGCCAUCGCAUCUCCUUCCAGGCCCCGAACGGUGCCGGACUCGACUUCGAAACCCGCCACUCCCAUCCCAGUGAGCCUCAAGGCGACACUUCUUGCAGGAUCUGAGAGUAGCAGCAGCUGAGUUUUCCAUUUGGGGCACACGGCCCUUUUCCCAACAGACCCAGUCAGGAUAGGCAAGCAGCCCACCCGAGAGCGGGGACUCUACCCCGACCCCACAAAAGACCUGGGAGGCCACCUUGAAAUACAAAAUACCCCACCACCACCACCCCACGCAUGAGAGCUAGGGCUGGGCUUCCUGAUGUUCAGCUUUGGGACCCAGCGAUGGAGAGGGAUGAUUUCUGACUGGUCUCCGGUUUAAGGAAAACAAACCCAAAUCCCUCGAUAAUCAGUGGGUCCGCUCUUAGCAAGGAGGGUCAGGUCCCGUGCGGAAGGCAGGAGGGUGCAUUUUGAGGCGGAAGAGAGCCCCCUCCAAAGGGCCUGCCAGCUUUCCUGCCUGGGCUGCCGUCAAUUUUCGCAGCUCUGUGACAGGCAGAAGUUCAGCAGGCAAAGCGCCGGAGGGGAAGAGAGGCACCUUUUGGGCGAUGGACCUGUUAAGGCAGAGUUGCCCUACCAGGGAAGGGAAAAAAAAGGUGGUAAUCUUUCCUUUCUACCACUGCACCACCGUGAAGCCCCAAAUAUAUUUGCCUUCUGUUUCCAUGCAAGAGAAAGGGUGGUGGUCAAGGAUAGCAUCCGGGGGGUGGGCAGGGGUUGCUUCUUGCUCUAGCUGCUUGUGCUUCCUUCUCUCCGAGUCUUGGAAGGUUGGAGGUUGGCCGGUGUAAUUGUUGCCCCCUCCAGAGGGGGACAUUUGUCCCCCUGCAGAGGAUGACGAAGGCUUUUUGUCCUCCUCUUCCUCCCAGGUCUGUAGGCUUUAGGGCAGGUCUGCUCAUCUCUCUCUCUCCCCCCCCCCCACUGUUUCUGGACUCCCACAAUCCCCCGCCCCAGUGGCCAACAGCCAGGGAUUCUGGGAAUUGUAGUCCAACAUCUGUCGGAGGGCCGAAGAGGAGCAGCUGUGCUUUUAUGGGCUUUGGAUUCGGUUGUCGAAAGGGUGGGGGUUGAUGGAUAUACGGGCCUUUCCCGCCCCGAUCUGUUCUUGGGGUCGACUGCGAGGGGUGGGGUGAAGGGGUCAGCGCCAGUCUUUGAAUGACUUGUUUGUUCAAAAAAAAAAAAAAAUCUUGAUUUUUUAAAAAACGGGUUUGCUUUUCAAA